AUGACUGGGAACGAGGGAAAUGAGGAAAUGGUUGUGGUCCAGAACAGAACAGGGGGCGUGGCUAAGGCAUGCGAGCAAGAGGGACAGAAGCCCCUGGAUCCUGACAGUAACCGUGUUACUACAGUUCUGAGUGCAACCAAAUCACUCCUCUCUACUAGGACUCUUCUAACUUCCAGAGUGAACAUGGUGGACUAUGAAGUAAAGGUGUCUACUGACAAUCGUGUUAAUGGCACGACUUUGAAUAACAUCUUCAUUAAGCUGGUGGGCACUGGAGGGGAGAGCCAACGCAAAUGGCUGGUGGGCUUAAAAGGAGCCACAGCCUUCAUCAGAGGAGCAGUGUCCACCUUUACUUUGACCUGUCCUGCAUCCCUUGGGAAACUGAUUCUGAUACAGCUGGACAAACAGAGUCUGCCACUUUUCCCAGAAGACUCUUGGUUCCCUGCCAAGGUAGAGGUGAAAUCCCCUGAGGGAAACAUAUACAAGUUUCCCAUCUACCGCUGGAUUGAUGACAGUCAGACUUAUUACUUCAGAGAAGGAACAGCUCUGAAAGUUUUUGAGGACACCCAUCACCUCGGAGCUUACAGUCGCCAACAGGAGAUGGAGCAACGCGGGAAAGACUAUCACUGGGCUGUUUACAUGAAGGGAAUUCCCCACUGCAUCAAGGCUGAUAACCCCAUGUCUCUGCCAUCUGAGGUCCAGUUCUCCUUUACUAAGGCUACAGAGUUCAAGUUCACAGCAUCCACAGGUUUGGCAGAGCUUAACCUGAAGGGACUGAUUGACUCGAAGGAGCCGUGGACUGAUAUGGAGUCUAUCAGUCGUGUGUUCUGGUGCAAACAGACCCAAAUUUCAGAGUAUGUUGAGGAACACUGGAAGGAGGACGCUUUCUUUGGCUACCAGUUCCUGAACGGUGUCAACCCCAGAUUGAUCCGACGCUGCUCUGCUCUGCCCAGUAACUUGUCUGUCACUGAUGACAUGGUCUUCCCUAGUGGUCAGUACAGCUUGGCAGAGGAAAUGAAGAAAGGCAACAUCUUCCUGUGUGACUACAAGAACCUGGAUGGAGUCAAAGCAAACACCAUCAAUGGGAAGCAGCAGUACCUGACUGCUCCUCUGGUCCUGCUCCACAGAACCCCUGAUGCUAAUAUGAUGCCACUUGCUAUACAGCUGAAGCAGACCCCAGCGGACGACAACCCAGUCUUUCUACCCUCUGAUUCUGAGUACGACUGGUUAACGGCCAAGAUCUUUGUGAGAAGUGCAGAAUUCACUGAGCAUCAGCUCAACACUCACCUGCUGCGAACCCACCUGCUGGCUGAAGUCUUUGCAGUGUCGCUGCUGCGCAACCUGCCAAUGGUGCAUCCACUGUACAAGCUCCUCAUCCCUCACACUCGAUACACUCUGCAGAUCAACUUUUUAGCUCGGCUUUCUUUAAUAUCUGAGACUGGAGUUUUCACAAAGUUUUCAGCUUCUGGUGGUGAGGGAAUGACCACGAUCCUGAAGAGAUCUCUGUCCUCGAUGACCUACAGCUCCCUCUGUUUACCAGAGGACAUUGCUGAGCGAGGACUGGAGGCUGUGCCAAACUUUUACUACAAGGAUGAUGGAAUCAGACUCUGGGAAAUCAUCCACAGGUUUGUUAAAGGGAUGAUUGGCCACUACUACAAGAGUGAUACCGAUGUUGAGAAAGACUCUGAGCUGCAGAAAUGGAUUGGGGAAAUCUUUGAACAUGGCUUCCUUUCCCAGUCAGACACAGGAAUUCCACAGAGAUUUUCCACCAUGACUGAGUUAAACAAGUUCGUCACCAUGGUGAUCUUCACUGGCUCAUGCCAGCACGCAGCUGUGAACUCUGGACAGUACGACUAUGGUGGCUGGAUGCCCAACACUCCCAUCACCCUGCAACUUCCUCCACCGACCAGAAAGGGAACAACAAGUGAGAAAACGAUGCUGCGGACAUUUCCUGAUGUCAAUGCCACAGUGCAGGGCAUGGCCACGCUGUGGCUGCUCAGCAAACAGUCCUCUGACUUUGUUCCUCUUGGCCAGUACCCAGAAGAGCAUUUCGGUGAGCAGAUUCCCUGGAAGCUGAUAAAAGCUUUUCAAGCAGAGCUGAAAAAGUUAAGUUCUGACAUCAAAGCCAGAAACAGCACCUUGAAACUCCCAUACCCGUACUUGGAUCCAGCAGAGCUAGAGAACAGUGUGGCUAUUUGAGUGUUGGGACAUGAGAAAAGCCAUGAAGUGAAUUAACAGAGUUUACAGACUAAGACUCAAAAACAGGAAUGUUACUACACUUUGGGUCAAUCCCAUCUUGAGACUUGCUUCCACCUUGUAUCAUCAUUGUUUUCCCUUAAAGUUGCCCAAUGUUGUUUAUCUAUUUUUGUUUAUCUAUUGUUUAUCUAUUUUUUAAAAAACAAAAUAUGUAUCUGUAAAUUAUUGCGAGGAAUCUGAACUUCAGACAGCAACUACAGUAUGAUGACACUUUAUUAAAUAAAUUUCCAUUCAUUAUAUCUACA